UCUUCAGAUGUCGGCACAGUGCUGGUUCGUGGCACUGCGGGGCUGGAGCCAGAGAGUCGCAGCUCUGACAACAGAUGCUAACUGGCUGACAGCAGAAGAGAGCAACCAAGUUGUACCUGACCUUAAAGCAGCAGGAUGGUCUGAAGUAAGUGACAGAGAUGCCACGUACAAAGAGUUGUCUUUCAAAAAUGUUAAUCAGGCAUCUGGCUUUAUGUCCCGAGUUGCCCUACAAGCAGAGAAGAUGAAUCAUCACCCGGAGUGGUUCAAUGUGUACAGCAAGGUCCAGAUAACUCUCACAUCACAUGCCUGUGGCGGGCUGACCAAGAGAGACGUGCAACUGGCCAAGUUUAUCGAAAAAGCAGCUGCUUCUGUGUGAUCUCUUCCAAAAUGCAUGUAAAAUCUUA